AUGAAAUUCGGUAAACGGCUUCGUGAUGAGAUGUGUCCCGAGUGGAGACUCUCGUACAUGGAUUACAAGUUAUUAAAGAAGCUGAUUAAACGAAUACAAAACAAGUUGGAGGAGAGAUAUCAUAUUGAUAUGCAAAUGAUUUUAAACGAAGUUCCUCCGAGUGAGAUUGGUGUUCCGAACGAUUAUUUGGAUAAACCACUCAUUUCGUUUUCUGAUGAAAUGGUAUAUGCAGUUACUGGUCUUGGAGAAGAGAAGGAUGAACGGAACUUUAUAAAUUAUUUAGAGGAAUAUAAUUUGGAAGGAAUGUACUUGAAAAUUGUUCCGAAGGAAACUUGCCAAUUUUUUAAUCGAUUAGAAAAGGAGUUGGACAAAGUGAACAAGUUUUAUAUCCAAACAGAACGCAAAUUUUGUGUUAGGCAUGCGGAACUGUUGAUGCAGUUGAGUGUCGGAUUGACUGAAACGCUCUCAAAGAAUGACAAACAAAAAGUCAGAAGUGCAUUCCAAGAACAUUAUAGAGCCCUUUUGCUUUUGAUGAAUUUCCGAACUUUAAACUUUCAAGGUUUCUCUAAUAUCUUGAAAAAGUUGGAUAAAUAUACUAAAAGCAAAACCAAAAGCAAAUUGAUGAAACGAGUGAGAGAUUCGUAUUUUUACUCAUCCAAAGUAUUGGAUUACAUGAUGUCGCAAAUUGAGUACAAAUGCUCAGUUUACAUGUUCAAAGGCGACAGAAAAAAAGCCAAAGAUUUUCUUCGACUUCCACAAACUGUAGAGAAGCAAACGUCUCCGUUCAGGUCCGGUAUCUCAGUGGGAAUUGGAAUAGUGCUAUCGGUCGUGUUUGUUUUAACCUAUGUAUUCAUGUAUCCGAGAGAUGACCCUCCGUCUUUUUCGGAUGCAACUAUGUAUGUGUAUCGUUUGACUUUGGUGCCGAUUAUUUUGGCAGUUUUGGUUGGUGUGAAUCUUCAAAUUUGGAAAAAUGCAAGAAUUAAUUAUGUAUUUAUCUUUCGUUUUGAUCCCAGAGAUCACUUAUCAGUGUCUCAAUACAUUGAGAUGACCAUGAGCUUGUACAAUAUUACUAUGGGAAGCUUAAUUAUUUACAUGUACUCUAUCAUAACGAACACGUUUUAUGAGUACGCCUAUCUCCAUCCAAUAUUUCUGUUUACAUUUAUCUUCAUCUACAUGUGUUUCCCAUACAAAUGGUUUUAUGGUCACAGCAGAUUAUGGUUGUUUAGAAUCAUUCUGAGAUUAUUGAUGGCUCCUUUUAGAAAAGUAGAAUUUGCAGACUUUUGGUUUGCCGAUCAGCUGACCUCACUUUCAGAUUUUCUCUUUGAAAUUCAAUUCGUGUACUGUGUGUAUCCAUCUCUGUGGGUCGACAAAAUUGACUCUUUCUGCUCAGACUCCAGAUCUUUGGGUAUUCCAGUUCUUAACAUUUUACCCAACUACAUUCGUUUAAUGCAAUGUUUGAGGCGUUACAGAGACAGCAAUAAGCCCCAUCCCCACAUUACUAAUGCGUUCAAAUAUCUCUCAAGUAUUAUUGCAACUCUAAUUGCAUUUUUGGAUAAGAAUAUUGUCGCUCCUACUCUUCCUGGAAGCAGCUGGAAUUAUAUGAGAACCACUUGGGUGGUUGCCAAUAUUAUCAGUUCUAUGUAUAAGCUACUUUGGGAUGUUGUGAUGGAUUGGUCUCUAAUGCAAUUCAAUAAGGAUUCAGAGCACAAACUAUUGAGAAAAGAGCUGUUCUUUCAUCCAUACUUUUACUAUUUUUCAAUAGUGACAAACAUUUUAGCAAGAUUCUUUUGGAUUGUCGUUUUACUGUUGAAACAGUUUUACAGUAAAUAUUUAACAGAUCAGUGGAUAGGUUUUUGUUUUGGUUUGGUAGAGAUUUUGAGAAGAUUCCAAUGGAAUUGUAUUCGAUUGGAAAACGAACAUUUGAACAAUGUUGGAGAAUUUCGUGCGACAAAUGAAAUUCCUCUGCCAUUUGAAAUUACUAGAAUGAUCAAUGCAAAAGAAAAGGAAAUCACAAACGUGGACAAAUUUUUGCAUUAUAUUUUCUUCUUUUGCAGUCCAAAAUCUGAGGAUGACAACAACAGGAAAAUUAGUCUCAAUCCGAAGAAUUUCCUUAAACACAGCAUCUCUCAUGUUUCAUCACUACUUGGUCAUGGAUUUGGUUCAAAUCAUAAUGUGAGUCCACGAAAAUCGGUUCAGCAAGAGCACGAAUAUGAGUUGGACAUGUAUCAUGUUUCUGAUGCAGUUAGCAAAACAAAUGUUGUUGAUAAAUCCAACUUGUCGAAUGGAAUAAGCAACCACGAUAAAGAUGUUGUGAUCGACAUCAAGGAUGAUGGAGAUGAGUAUGAUGGUGGUAAGGACAGUGACCUAGAAGAGGAACAAAAAGUCGAGCUUACAAAAACUGCAACUCAAUCCAAUAAUAAUAAUGGACUGUUUGUGAACACCUCAAAUUUGAAGGCAAGGAAACAAUCAUUGUCAUCCAUUAAGGUCGACGCCAGCAAUUCAAGCUUCAAAGUGCCACACACAAUUCCACCCUCUGUAGAGAUGAGUCCAUCCAUGAAGCCCAAAUCAAGAAAGAAGACCAUUGUUGUGGUUGAGGAUGAUGAAAUUCCAGAGACACCCCAUCUGACGACAAGAUUUGGAGACAUUUUCACCAGCGAGCCCGAAAAUCAGCAUAUGGACAAUGAGAAGCCAAACAAAACGGAAGAUCAAGAGAAGAAAUAG